AUGUCAGUUAAUAUCUCGCAGGAAGAGCUGUUUGAAUUUCAUACAGCACACUUCUCUAAAGUCAACAGGGAUCAUUUUGCUAAACAUUUUCUUGGUCCGGUCGCACAUCUUGAAGAUCAUCUAGGCUACUACGAGGAUGGUUCAGAAAGAACACUUACUGACGCGCAAAUUUGUAUAUUUCGACACACAGAAAUACAAAAUCUUUUCAGAGAACGCCAAUAUAUGCGCGAGGCAAUGGGUGAAAUGAACCCCGACAACCCAUCUGAAAUACAGAUACCAAAAAGUUCUGACGCUAUUAGCUCGUCAUCCAACAAAACUAACGUGAAGCGUCCCUCAAACAAAGAAAGGAAAGCACUUAAAGCGAAGCAGAAAGGGUAUUUCAAACCAAACAACAAACCUGACUUGCGGAAAAGGACAUGGGAUAAAGUUGAGCCUGGAUAUGGGAGCUUAAACUAUGAUGAGGCACAAGGUAGUGUCGAUUCAAGUCAAUUACGUUCAUUACAAAGACGUCGUAUAUCAUAUGGAGAGUCUUAA